AUGCCUCCUCCAGCAUCCAGCGACUUGACCGUGUUGUUGCUACCAAGAACGCCGGCUGACGAAAGCUCGCCACCUUCAGAACCAACGGUGGAGAGGUCCAUCGAGUGGGGAGUUACUCCGUCAGCGGGACGGCUGCUACCGCGCAGUCAUCUCCGCGCCGAAAGCAGAUCGCCCCCAGCUGACGAAGUUCCACAGUUUAUCAAGAUCAACCAGAGCUGUCGGCAACGAAUUCGAGGAGGGAACCCUAUGUGGUACGGGGAUGGCGCGACGGAGAAACUUCCGGACCACAACUACGCGGUGUGCGAUCUAUUGGCCUCGAGCGCCGGAACAUCCGACAAAGCAGUGACCAAGACGGGGAAUUGGAUUCCCGAGGGGAGGAAAGCGCAGCCUCGUCGUAUGACUGCUUUAGGUAUUAGCACCCAUAGACCGAUCGAUACGAGAACUGAAGAUGCGCAGAAUGAGCAAAAGGCGUCGGCCUCCACCGUCGCUCAUUUCACAUCUGCCGCGGCUGGCAUUACCGCCUCCACGGGUGCGAGAAGGCCAUUUGGGGCCGGAUUUCCUGGGCCAAAAUUCCAGCACGGCGCCAAGAGCAAGGUCCAGGAGGAUAACCUGGGAAGGUAA